CAGACCUGUCAGUUUCUCUUCACAUUCCGCCUGACGGACAGAGACACAUGACCACAGGACACAGGAGGUGGAGGGGCACAAGAGCCAGGAGCAGGUGCACUCUGGGUAGAUGACGCUAAUGAAAGAGGAUGUGUGUUGCUUUAGGACCCCUGCGGGGUUUCUGCCAACGUUUUGAGGAAACCCCUGUCUGAACCUCCUCUCGGUGACGUCUCUGGGGGAUUUUGUGUUUGCACACUUUUUAAUUGAAGAAAUAUUUUUUGGGUGACAGCGGGCUCUGUUUGUACACUCGACCCUAGCUCCCCUCCAGCUCUGCUGAAAGUGCCACGGGCGGAUCUACGCUUCAGAUUUGUUCCUCUGUUGGUAGUUGGAGUAGUUUGGAGUUGAAGCUUCACGUCGCCGUCGCCGUCCGGCUCUCAUUCUAUUUCUCUGGAUUAUGUGAAGCAUGUUAAAUCAAUUGUCAGAGGAAAUUCAGAGUGUUCAACGUUGGAAUGACAGUGGAGUUUGAGCUGGGCUGACAACAGAGCGAAUCAUCUCCGCUACAGAUGUUCAUCUGACGCCUGACGUUGCCACACACACUGCUGGAGCUCAACAUGGCAUCUCACCGCAUCGCAUAGGAGUGCAUCAGAGAGUCAGUUCCUCUGGUGAAGCCCCAGCUGUAACCAUGGUGUCCCGGGUGAAGCAGCCCGAGGGGCGGGGCGUGUCUUCUCUGUUUUCUUGCUGCUUCAAAGGGAGCGACCAACCAGAAAUCACCCACUGCCAAGACAACACCAAGUCCAUGGCUAUGCUGGAGCCCAACCUGCCCAUGCCCCCCAUUCAGGAGCUGGACUCCAUGUUCACUGAGCUGGUGGAUGAACUGGACCUUACAGGGGAGCACAGAGCUGCUAUGUUUUCUUUGCCAGCAGAGAAGAAAUGGCAGAUCUACUGUAGUAAGAAAUUGGAGGCAGAGGAGAAUAAAGGAGCAACCAGAUGGCCAGAGUAUUAUAUUGACCAGCUCAGGUCCAUGGCUGCUAGGAAGACUCUGCUGGGACCGGAGGAUGAGGAAGAGCAGGGAAGACAUAAACUCAUAGAUGGCCUGAAGACAGCGCUGAGGACGCAGCCCAUGAGGUUUGUGACACAAUUCAUUGAUUUGGAUGGCCUGUCUUGCAUCUUGAAUUUCCUCAAGUCAAUGGACUAUGAGACCACCAACUCUCAGGUCCACACCUCUCUGAUCGGCUGCAUCAAAGCUCUGAUGAACAACUCCCAGGGCAGAGCUCAUGUGCUGGGUCACUGUGAGAGCAUUAAUAUCAUCGCACAAAGUCUCACCACCGAGAGCAUCAAAACCAAGGUCGCAGUGUUAGAGAUCCUCGGGGCAGUAUGUUUGGUGCCAGGGGGCCACAAGAAAGUACUAGAAGCCAUGCUGCACUACCAGAAAUUUGCCUCGGAGAGAACUCGCUUUCAGACCCUGCUGACCGACUUGGAUAGAUCCACAGGCCGCUACAGGGAUGAAGUGAACCUGAAGACCGCCGUCAUGUCCUUCAUCAACGCCGUGCUGAGCCAGGGAGCUGGAGAGACCAGCCUGGAGUUCCGCAUCCAUUUGCGUUAUGAGUUUCUGAUGUUGGGCAUUCAGCCGGUCAUUGACAAACUCUACUCCAAUGACAACUCCACCCUGAACAGACAUCUGGACUUCUUUGAGAUGUUGAGGAAUGAAGAUGAGCUUCAGAUGUCCAAACGGUUUGAUGCUGUCCAUAUCGAAACUAAAAGUGCCAGCCAGAUGUUUGAGCUGAUCAAGAAGCAUCUGAACCACACUGAAGCCUACCCUCACCUCCUGUCUGCACUGCAGCACUGUCUCAUGAUGCCAUUUAAGCCGAGCAGCACCACUCUUCAUUUCUGGGUGCUGUUGGAUCGGAUAGUUCAGCAGCUGGUUCUGCAGACGGACAAAGGGGAGGACCCCGAUGUCGCUCCUCUGGAGGACUUCAACGUCAAAAAUAUUGUACGCAUGCUCGUCAAGGAGAGUGAGGUCAAACAAUGGAAAGAACAAGCUGAUAAAAUGAGGAAAGAGCAUCAGAACCUGCAGCAGCGCUUUGAAAAGAAGGAGCGGGAGUGCGAGGCCAAGAACAAGGAGAUGGAGGACAUGAUGGCGAUGCUGAACAAGCUGAAGGACAAGCUGGAGCGAGAGAGCAACGACCACAAGCAAGCUCAGCUGCGAGUGGGAGAAAUGUCCGCUCGGCUGCAGCAGCUCAGCUCUACGUCCAGUGUUCCAGGAGGACCUCCCCUGUCCUCUGGCGGUGUCGUCCCUCCUGGCCUCUUCCCGACCGGCUCUUCUCCUCCCCCCCCCCCUCCUCCCCCGCCACCGCCGCCUCCAGGAGGCCCGCAAGCUUUCGGCUCUUCUCCACUGGCCCCGCCUCUUCCACCCGGAGCUCCACCGGGAUCUGUCCAGAAGAAGAAGAAUAUUCCUCAGCCUUCAAACCCUCUGAAGUCUUUCAACUGGAGCAAACUGCCUGAGAACAAGACCGAGGGAACCAUAUGGAAAGAGAUCGAUGACCUCAGGGUGUUUAAAGUUCUGGAUCUAGAGGAGCUGCAGAGGACCUUCUCAGCUUACCAGAAGCCACAGCAGAAGGAUGCUGAGGAUGGGCAGGCUGUUGUGAAGAGAGUCAAGGAGCUGUCGGUGAUCGAUGGUCGCCGAGCCCAGAACUGUAACAUUCUGCUCUCACGGCUGAGGCUGACCAAUGAGGAGAUCAGCCAUGCCGUCCUGUCCGUGGAUGAGCAGGAGGACUUGCCUAAAGACAUGCUGGAGCAGCUUCUGAAGUUCAUUCCUGAGAAGAGCGACAUUGAGCUGUUGGGAGAACACAAGCACGAGCUGGAACGUAUGGCCAAAGCAGACCGCUUCCUGUAUGACAUGAGCAGCAUCAACCACUACCAACAGAGACUCCACUCGCUCUACUUCAAGAAAAAGUUUGCUGAAAGAGUGGCUGACGUCAAACCUAAAAUCAAAGCUCUGAGUCUGGCGUCCAGGGAGGUGGUGCAAAGCGGGACUCUGAGGCAGCUCCUGGAGGUGGUCCUGGCCUUGGGGAACUACAUGAACAAAGGGCAACGGGGGAACGCCUACGGAUUCAAAGUGUCCAGCCUCAACAAGAUAGCUGACACCAAGUCGAGCCUUGACAGAAACGUCACUCUGCUCCACUACAUGAUCACUGUACUGGAAAAGAAGUACCCCAAGGUGGCAGCUUUCAGUAAAGAGCUGCAGAAUGUGCCAGAAGCUGCCAAAGUCAGUAUGACGGAGUUGGACAAGGACAUCGGCAAUCUGAGAUCUGGCCUAAAGAGCGUUGAGGCGGAGCUGCAGUACCAGCGGAAUCAGUCCCAUCACGGUCCUGAGGAUAAGUUUGUCCCCGUGGUCAGUCAGUUCGUCACCGUGGCCUCCUUCAGCUUCUCGGAUAUCGAGGAGUCGCUCAGUGAGGCCAAAGAAGUGUUUGUAAAGGCCCUGAGACACUUUGGAGAAGACUCGUCCAACCUGCAGCCGGAUGCGUUCUUUGGGAUCUUCGACACUUUCCUCACAGCUUUCUCAGAGGCCGAGCAGGACAACGAAAGGACGGCCAGACGCAAGGAGGAGGAGGAGAAGCGGGCACUCGCGGAGGCACAGCUGAAGAAAGACAGGGAGCAGAAGGCCAAGAAGACCAAAGCAAACGAGGAAGAGGAGGGCGGUGAGUUUGAUGACUUGGUGUCCGCUCUGCGCUCCGGAGAGGUGUUCGAAAUGGACAUGUCCAAAAUGAACCGUAGAAAACAACGGAGACAUAACUUGUUCGACGGCAGCCGGGAGAGACCCGGGACAGAACUGACUCAGCUUAACCUGUGAAUGCGUUGUGUCGCUGGCACCGACAACCACAGACCCUGGAUCUGUCUGAAACUACAAUUACACUCUGUAACAAUGUGUCUGAUGUAAUGAAUGUAUCUGAAUGCAUCUGAAUGUAUGGACCUGAAGCCAAAAGUAACAAAUGUUCUCAGAUAGAACAGGCAGUCAUUAUGGUCUCAUAAUUAUAUCCUUGUAUACUUGCCUAAGUUUGCACAGCUCUGAAUCUGACUGUUCAUCCUCUAAAACAUACGCUGAUCAAAUAAAAGAACAUGGAGGAUUUAGUAACUGUCAACAAUGCAUACAGUUUCCUUUCUGUAAAAUUGUUACUACAUCCUUCUUUUUUUAACGCCAGUUUGUAGAUAUCUACAAUUAUAUCCUGCAAUAGUUGCAUUUAUAAAGUUGAUGUAAUCCUCGUUAAUAUAUAUUAUAUAUAUAUAUUAAUAUUGUUAAUAUUUACAAUAAUUUUGAACAAAAUGCUUUUUGGUUUUGGGUGUUGAUUGCAUUUCUUAAAUUAGAUAUGAUUGUUCUUCUCUAACCAAGGAUCAGUAUUAUCAUUUGACACGGGUAAGUGUAAUAUGGGUGAAAUGAUGACGUGUAGUAUUUAUAAGAAUUAAAGUCCCCUAACAAGGCUUGUUCAGCAGCCUGAGCUCGUCCACAGACCAGAGCGGCAUCAGCCCAGUCGCCAGGAAACAACGUUGGCAUACGGAUACCUUGAAUGAGGACUUCUUCCUUUCUGAAUAUGGACGUUUGAGAGUGAGUGAUGUAUUAAUAAUGUAUUUGUGCUUUGUGAGGAGAUAAUUAUUUAAUCUGCCGAGUGACCGAAAUCCCUGUAAUAUAAUUAUCAGCCUGCUGGCUAGCUACCUAUAUUUAAAUAAAGAUAGAUG